AUGGAAGACCUGGUUGACUGUGAUAUACAAGAAGAUGUAUUAGAUGUAAAUUGCUUAGGUGAUAUAGAAGUUGAUGUGGAAUAUAAUGGAGCAUCAUCAACUGACAUGUCUGAUAGUGAUGUUGAUGAUGGCAUAAAUACUGAUGAUGAUAGAGGUUUGUCCGAUGAUGAAUGGGAAUCCGAAGAAUUAGUUAGUGGAGCAGAAAGUGAUGGAGAAGAUGAUGAAGAAGAGAGUUAUGGCAAGUUUGUCACAUUUACUAUGCCUAAAUCAAUGGUGGACUACAAGUGGGAUUUAGACACUUAUUUUGCUCAGAAGCAAGAUUUGUUGGAUGCCAUAAAAACCUAUGCAAUAGAAAAUGGUAGAAAUAUAAGAUAUCUUAAAAAUGAUAAGAAAAGAAUUAAGGCAAAAUGUGUGGGUGCUAAAGGUAAGUGCCCCUGGAUGACAUAUUGUGCUUAUAUGGAUGCAAUACAAACAUGGCAAUUAAGGACUAUUGUUGACAACCACACUUGUAGUAGAGAGCACAAAGUCAAAUUACUUAAUGCAAAAUGGUUGAGUAAGAGGUUUGAGAAAACUGUUAGACAAAAUCCUAAAGUUAAGGGAGUGAAAAUUGUUGACAAGAUAAAUAGAAAGUGGAAUGUAGGUGUAUCUAGAUCCAUGGCUUAUAGGGCAAAAGCCAUUGCUUCAGACCAUGUUGAUGGGUCUUUCAAAGAGCAAUAUAAAAGGAUCUACGAUUAUGCAAAUGAGGUCCUAACUCGUAAUCCUGGAUCCACAGUAAAGGUUGAAGUUGAACCAAAUGAGGGAGGACCUAUAUUCAGGAGGUUUUAUGUUUGUCUGAAGGCCUGCAAGGAUAGUUUCGUGUCCUGCAGGCCUAUUAUAGGGCUGGAUGGUGCAUUUUUGAAAGGUAAAUAUGGUGGUGAAUUGUUAACUGCUGUUGGUAGAGACGCAAACGACCAAAUGCUACCUAUUGCAUAUGUCCUUGUGGAAGUAGAGAACAAGGCCACGUGGAAAUGGUUUAUGAAACUUUUGGUUGAAGACCUCGGUGGGGAGCCAGUAUGUGCAUCAUGUACAUUCAUAUCAGAUCAAUAAAAGGUAAUUGAAAUAAGACCUCUAACAAUGCAUAUGACUAUUUCCCCAAUAUGGUUAUUUACAUUGUUAUUGAAAUAACAGGACCUAUAGCAAGCUAUUCAAGAAGUGGUUCUAGGAGUUGAUCAACGAUUUUGCGUUAGGCACCUAUAUGCCAAUUUCAGAAAAAAAAUUCCCUGGCAAGCAGCUCAAACGGUUGAUGUGGAAGACAGCUACAACAACCCAUCCACAAACAUGGGAAAACGAAAUGAGAAAUAUAAAAGAGGUCAACAAUGAAGCUUAUAAAUAUCUGAUUAAAAUACCUCACAGAUACUGUUCCAGAUCAAGGUUUAACACCACAUGUAAAUGUGAUACAUUGGUAAACAACAUGUCAGAGGCAUUCAACAGUGUUAUGGUGCAUACAAGGUCUAAGCCAAUCAUAACCAUGAUGGAGGAGAUCCGGAUUUACUUGAUGAAGAGAUGGGCAAGUAACAGAACAAAAAGUCAAUCAUUGUCUGGGGUCAUUUGUCCUAAAAUCAAGACUAGACUCAAUAAGGAGUCCUAGUUAACUAAGUUUUGGAUUCCUAGGUAUCAUACCUUGUUGGUUUAGGAAGGCAACAUAUCAAGAGAUAUACUCUUCAAUUGUGUAUCCAAUCAAUGGUAAAGAGAUGUGGCAGAUUACACCAAGUAAUGAUGUCUUCCCUCCAACAAAGAGAGCAUUGCCAGGGAGACCAAAGAAGAAAAGGAGGUUGGCAGAAUGGGAGUUGAUCAGGGACGAUACAAGAAUGAGGAAGGGUGGUCUACAUAAAAGAUGUGGCAUUUGUAGGCAAAUGGGUCACAAUAGAACUUCUUGCCAAAUGAACCAAACACAACAAAGUAAGCCAACAAAUGAACCAAUCCUGACAUCAACAAAUGAGGGUGAAGCAUAGGAGGAGAUUACUUAAUGUUUAUCAUACUGCAGUGAACCAUUGUAAAAGAGGAUGAAACAUAUUUCAACACUUUAAUAUUUUGUCCUGUGAACCAUUUACAAUUCUAAAGACUUUUGUAACCUUUGUGACUUACUGUAUUGAAUGCAAUGGUAUUUUGAGCCUUACUCAUGUGAACCAUUUACAAUUUCAGCACUUUAAUAUUUACUCGU